CAGCUGUUUUGGUUAUCGGGUUUUAUUUGCAAACGCAAUGCAUAAAAUGUAAACAUGGAGUUAAGUCGUGUUUUUAGUGAUUUAAGAGUGUUUUAUGUGCCCAAUUUGCAAUGGGUAGAUCUAGAAGAAUGGCUUUAUGGCGAAGAAGUCGAGGAUGUUGCGUUGAAGCAGCGGGGACAGAUGUUCUGGUCCCUGGCCAUGUGCCAGCAGGAUAUUGGACGCCAGGAGGGACAGUUGCAGUUGCUUCGGGAUUUGUCCGCCAUAAUACGCUCCAUGAGGGACGAGAAUCAGGCCUGCUAUAGCAACACCCACGAUAAUUGGGCAAACUUUAUAGCGACUUCCCCUGCAAAUGCCUAUCUCUCAUACAUAUACAGCCUUGUAAGCCUCGCCAUACCGCCUGAGCAUGUGCAGCAAGCUGCACCGCAAGUCCUGAAUGAAAAUCUGAAUCUCCAGUUAUCCCUAAAUGCUGCAAGCACCUAUCUGCUAUCUUUGACCAUUCCUGGAGCCAAAAGCUAUGGUAUCUUUGAUGAGGAUGUGAUUGAACAAGUUCUCAAGAUCUUCAAGCUGCUGGAACAAAAUGCAAAUAGAAGUGUCCGGGCAAACUCCAUCUGGAUGUUCUUCCUGACCAUAUGCGAUGACCUAAAGAUUGUUUUUCGCUACGUACAUUUCAAGGAGCACCUAAAACCUCGGGACAGGAUUAUUCGCUGCCUCAUGGAGGUGCUUUACAUGAAUUUUAAAGUGGGAUAUCAGAAUACAUGUGCUCCCGCCCUGCAUGGCAAAUGUUUCGAUCUUUUCGGUGAAAUAGCCAACGAGCACAAUGGAGAUGUCUAUGAAACACUUCAUCUGAUAAUGCGACAGACCUUUCCCAUGCAUUGUUAUACGGAUAGUCCACAGAGCAUUGGAGCUGGUCGCCGAGGCGGGGCGAUGCAGCCAGGAGAGCACAUAUCGGAUUGGUUUAUCCAACUAAUAGAUAAGUAUCCCGACAUUCUAAUCCGUAUCCUGCAUUUCUAUAUUGAGUGCGUGGUCACAAAUCCCAUUAAAUCGUGGAAAAGCAAUGAAGAAAAGGUGGCCAUAGGCUAUGCGGCUAAGUAUGACAGAAUUCUGUUUUCAAAGUGUAAUAAAUCCUGUUCAGAAUUCGUCCUGGAAGCUGUGAAAGCCGACGAUGCUGUGGGAAUUCAAACUCGAGCCUUAGAUCUGAUUGAAAAAAUCCUCAUGCAGCAAACCGAGGUGGGGUGGAGCAUUUUCCGGUACGAUGUAUCCAGGGUGCCAAGGGAAGUUCCUCUCCUGACGGAGGUAAUGCGAUGUCUGAACGACCGCACAUUUACUGUCCGCCGGAAAGCAUGUCAAGUGCUCAUCCUAGCCCUGAAACAAGGCUCCCCUAUGACGACAAAAAUUCUAGACGAAAGUAUUCGCUUUGUUCAGUUUGAGGAUGCGGAUGUGGAAGCCCUAGCUGAGCCUUCGGUGGAGCAGAACGAGCUGCGUUUCGAGAAGCCCGGAAUUGUCCAAUACGCCUUUAGCUUUGAGGGUCAUGAGGAGAUAGAGGAAGAGGUCAAGAAUGUCCCCCGAAUAGUUUACGAACGUUUUUUGGCCGCUGAUAAUGGCUUAGCAAGAACAGCUGGCAUAGCCCUACUUGAAAGACUGGUGCUAGUCAAUCCAUUGAUCAUCUAUAAUACAAAUUUUGUAAGGGAAACCUCUUUGCUGGCUGUAGAUCGGCUGGCUUCAGUACGUAAAUCAGCACUGGAUACGAUAGAAACCCUUCUAGAGGCCUAUUCCAAUUGCUUCGCCUUGAUCUGUGUGUAUUGCCGAAUUUGGGCUUGCCUAAUGAGCGACGAGGAUGUGGCUCUGCAAAAGCUGGCUAUAAUGAGCUUUGAUCGAAUGGUUUUGAGAAACAUUCAGCCUCUGGAGUAUUCAAAUGAAGCCAAACAUUUUAUGCCCUGGCGAAUCAUCAGUACCCUUCUGAUGACACAACCUAGAGCUUAUCUGCAGGAAAGAUUCGCUGUGCUACUAGAAAAAGAAUCCAUCGUAACACCCAGACUGAUAAACACUAUAAUAUCGCAUUUAUCCACAUCCAUGGCUACCGAUGCCUGGGGAUUGUUGUUGCUCCUGUCCAGUCGCAUCACCAACAAUAUGGAUGCACUGAUUAGCAUUUUUAAUGGACUAUCCUCCUACAACAUGAAGUCCAAUCAGUUUCUGGCCCUGCAACUCAUUAUUGGUUGUUUAAGAAACUUUUCAAAGUCAGCGUUAAAUCAGUUAUUCCAGAGACUUUUAAACGCCCUACGAACGGGUAGUAUUUGGCUGGGAAUCAUCUCGAGUGCCGUCAAUUUGCUUAACCAGAUCCAUUACCUAUCCGCUAGUCUAGCUCCUUCGGCUGCUUCCGAAAUGCCAGAUUGGCAACUCAAUUUGCUGGAAGAUCUGACCGACGGAAUCCUGAGUAGUGCUGAGAAUUUCCAAGAUGAAUACACCCGCCUGCAGUGCCUGUUGGGUGCCUAUACGGAGAUAAUUGUAAUGCUGCCCCAGGAUGUGGACAAAAGAAUAGUGGGCAUUGUCUUUAAGUACCUGCAGGAAUGCACCAAGCUCAGUGAAUCACAAUUUGAUUCGGAUAACGAACGAAUGACCAAUUGGAUGAUUGUGAUAGCAGGACGUUUGUGCCUUAGAGAGAAUAAUUUGGCCAACAGCGUUUCUAAGCUUUACAGAACCAUCUUGACCAAAAAUGAUAGGCCUCAGAUCAUCAACACCACCUUAAUAGCCCUGAACGAUCUGGGCAAAAAGCACCCUUCGAUUCUUGAGAGUAAUUUCCAAGUGAUUUUGUCGAAACUCCAUUCCAAAUUUGCCAUGACCCGAGUGCGUACUUUUCGAUGUGUAAAGGAUGUUAUUCUCUCGGGGAACAUCAAGCUAAAGGGUCCCAUUCUUAUAUCCAUGCUGGCUGGUCUAGUGGACGAAAGUGCCGAGGUGGCUAGGGAGGCGGAUGCCUUUUUCAUUCGCUAUAAAAGAUUAUACAACAAAAUGCUGUUUGAUCAUUGCCUGAAAGAAUGUCCUUUCGAUCUGAAUGGUCAAGCUUAUUUGCGAGGUGUGAGAACGGAUUCCAACUAUAAAUCACCAUUAAAAGGACAAGAAAUGACAAAGAACCGAAGGUUGCUUUAUAAUCAUAUUAUGUCAUCGGUGGAUGAGAACACACUGUUGCUUUACUUUGGUCAACUGAAACUACUGGCUGAAAAAACAAGAGACCAAGCUUUUGUCAGCAAUCCCGGUGCUUUGAUAGUGGUUCAGGAUAUACUCUUUAUCAUGCGACGCAUUUGUUUUCGAACUAAAGGCAAGGGCAAGGAGAAAAGUUCGCGAGGCGAAGGCGACAAUAGCGAUGAGGGUGAAGAUGAGCCUAUGGAGGCACCACCUCCUCCACCAUCCAAGCCAGCAGCAGGGGAGGCACCGGCUAGGGGUAGGGGACGAAAGGCUGAGUUGUCAGAGGAGCCUCUCAAGCAACUGGAACGUUGCCUGCGCUAUGUGGAAGAAACCCAUCGGAAUCUAAAGUCUGUGAUGAAUCAAAAACUUAGUCACAUUUUCGAUAACUUUUGCCGAGCUUUGGCAAUGAGAUUCCCGAACUACAUUGAGUUUGCCCAGCCGGCACAGUUCUGGCAGAAGUAUCGCUCCUCAAAAACCCACAAAGGUGGAAAAAGGAAGCGACGACGCAUGGACGAGGAUGAAGAAGAUGAAUCGGAAGAGGAGCAACAAUCGGAGAGUGACAGUGAUAAUGAGAUGCCACUGGAGAGGCACAAGACCACGCCAGCUGGAUCACGCCUGUCCCAAAGGAAAACCAGCUGCGAUAUGCUUGUUACAGAGCUGAUUUUUCAGCCACCCGAUUGGUAGCUCUGGAAAAUAUGUUGUUUUUCUGUAAGAGGGAAAUAUUUUAUUUUCUUUAACUUUCAUAAUGAAAAUGGAUU